UCUGAACUUGCUCUAGGACGCGUAAGAAACGGUAAAGAAGGAAAUUCCAACUGUCCAAGAGCUCAAAAUAUGUUGGAGAUGAUAUACGACAUGGAUUUGGAGUUGGCAGCCCAGGCAUACGCUGAUCAAUGCCAUACAACUGGUUCUGCCAUUUCAACUCGUCCACUUUUUGGCGAAAACUUCCACAUUAUUUCAUCGAGAACAAUAAAUUAUCUCGAUGCAACUGUUGCGGCCAUCAAAGCAUGGUGGAGUCAAAUAUUCCACAAUGGUGUAAAUAUGCAGAUGCUUUACACCGUAACUCUUCACACCAAGCAACAGUCGCCAAAUAAAUUCACGCAGGCUUCCUGA